AAAACAAAGAUUGGCAAAAGCACAAGUUAAUUAUAAAGCAAAUAAAAGUAGAUGUUCUGGAAAAAACAAACCAUGUCCUCCAUCAGGUUCUCAAGAGCAUCACAGUAAUGAUAACAGUAUAUCACAUAAUAGAGUAUCACAAUUGAUACAUAAAUUCCAUAAAUCUGUAUCAACAGGUCCUCUGUAUAUUUGUUCGUACUGUGAUCAAUUAUGGUAUAAACAUAGUGUUUGUCCAGCCGAGAGACUUCGAUUGUGCAAUCCAAAUUCUACUAAACAUCUACAACGUAUUAAAAGUGUGGAUGAUAUUGAAUGGCUGUGUUUUACAUGUGACAAACAUCUUAAAAAGAAUAAAGUGCGACCAUCUGCAACUGCAAAUAUUAAUGGCUUGAAGUUGCCAGAAAAACCUGACUUCUUUGAUUUAAAUGAAUUACAAUGCAGACUUAUAGCUCCAAGAUUGGCCUUCCAAAAAAUAAUGCAAGCCCCCAGAGGAGGGCAACUUAAAAUUACUGGUAAUGUUGUGAAUGUUCAAGCAGAUAUAUUUGAUACAGUUAACAUGCUACACAGGUUACCACAAGAUACUGCCACUAUUAAAGUUCAAUUGAAACGUCGACUGCAAUAUAACAGUUCUGCCUUGUCUUUGAAUGUGAGACCUAAUAAAGUGAUGCAAGGUGCAGACCUAAUAAAGUGA